UCUCUCACCAACUCUUCCUAAAAAAAGAUUGAUCCAAACAAAAAUAUUGUAUAUCGCUACCUAGUAAAACAAAAUCUUUGCAUCAUCGUCUCGGUAACCAUCGGAAUCCUCUCUUUUGCGGAUUUGUUUUCAGAUUGCAGAAUCUUAGUAUCUCAUCAUCUGCAGAACCCCGGGCAGCUUCAUAUAUCUCGGUUUGUUUGGCGGAGAGUAAGAACAAGAAGAUGCAGACAUUUCCGAGCUUUUAUGAGGUGGGGAGCUGUUCUGAGUCGUAUAAUAACUUUCUUCAAGGAAUAAUGGGGUCUGCGGAGAUGAUGAAUAGCCUGGAAGAUACCUCGUGCGUGAGCCCAAGGUCGCUGGCGGAGGCGAAAGCCAUUGCCGCCAACAAGAGCCACAGCGAGGCUGAGCGCCGCCGCCGGAAGCGAAUCAACGGCCAUCUCGCCACCCUCCGCACCCUCCUCCCCAACACAAUCAAGACGGACAAGGCAUCAUUACUAGCGGAGGCGGUGAAGUGCGUACGAGAGCUGAAGAAGACAACCACCGAGCUGGCGGCGGUGCCGGAAUCCGACGCCGACGACAAUAGUUUCAGCUACGCAGCAGCAGCAGGCACCAGCGGCGGCGGCGACGUUAGGCGGCCGACGAAAUACAUGUUCCCGAGCGAGACGGACGAGCUGAAGCUGAGCUACGCGGGGGAGGCGGGCGGCGGGAACUUAAAGGCGGCGCUGUGCUGCGAGGACCGGCCGGAGAUCAUAACGGAGCUGGUGAGGGCGUUGAAGUCGGUGGAGGGGAAGGUGGUGAGGGCGGAGAUGGCGACGGUGGGAGGGCGGAUAAAGUGCGUGCUGUGGGUGCAUGUUGAGGGCUUGAAUGGCGGCAAUAAGGGUGGAGAGGAGGUGGUGGCGGCGGUGCGGAGGGCGCUGAAAGUGGUGGUGGACAGGUCAAAUGCGGUGGUUAACUCGAGCCUGCAGGAGUUGCCGGGGCACAAGCGGCCCCGUCUCUAUCAGUAUUGAUUAUUAUGUCACUUUGUUGUCGUUGUGGUUGAUUGGGACAUGGAAAACCCCAUACUAAUCCCCCAACAAACCAAUUCAAAACAUGAAUAUAUAUAUAUAUA